UUUACGGCGUCGCGCUCUGUAGAUGUCGCACCGCGGGCGUCCUUUACGGCAGGCGUCUGCGUCCUCCUGAAGCCGGCGGUCGUGAGCUGCGCCCAGGGACCUGAGAAGGGCACUGCUGAGCCAUGCCUUUCCUUGAUGUGCAGAAAAGGCUGGGCAUUAGCCUAGAUCGACACUUUAUAUUCCUAAGUGCUGAGCAGCCUUACAAGAAUGCCGCUCGAUGCCACGCGUUUGAAAAGGAGUGGAUAGAAUGCGCACAUGGGAUCGGUGCUACCCGGGCUAAAAAAGAGUGCAAGAUAGAGUAUGAAGACUUCGAAGAAUGCUUUCUUCGGUUCAAAACGAUAAGGCGGAUGCAUGAAAUCAAGAAACAGCGGGAGAAACUGAUGAAAGAGGGGAAGUACACCCCUCCGCCUCACCAUUUGGGCAAGGAGGAGCCCAGGCCCUGAGCAGAGCAGCUAGAAGCUGCUCUCCAUGCUCUGUUUUCCACUGGAGAGAAUGUUUAAGGGAAGCACCUUCAUCAAGUAUGUACAAAUAAAGAAUUACUCAACCUAGAAA